UUGUCAAAGGGUGGGCUGUGUCAGCCUUGCUUGGAAACAGGAAUGCCUGGACUCCCCAUCCACUCUUUAGUGGGGACUAUAGGGGUGAGGCUCAGGUGUCUAUUUUUUACAACUAGUUCAAUGAUAACUAGGGGCUGGGUUGGGAAAGCUGUGCUAACCAGAGACUGAGUCUCUUAGAGAGGGACUGAACUGCUUCUUGCCUGAGAACAGACUUCAGUCACUUCCUGGAGUAUGUCAAGCCCCACCUCCAGUGUGGGCCACCCUGCCCUGAGUCCUGAACACAGUGGCUGCUCCGCCCUCCCCACCCCAGUGUUACCUGUCAGACCUGAGCUACAGAGCAGGUGGCUCUCUGCUGGGAACUAGGCUGCUGCCAUGCUGUGGGUCCUCUGGCCAAGGUGGCUGGCCGGCAAGGGGCUGCCCCUCCUGGGAGCAGUGCUGCUGUGGAAGAGAGAGAAGAGGGGACCUCAGUGGAGGCGGUGGCGGCGGGAAACCUACCCAUACUAUGACCUCCAGGUGAAAGUGCUGAGGGCCAGAAACAUCCAGGGCACAGACCUGCUGUCUAAAGCCGACUGCUAUGUGCAACUGUGGCUGCCCACAGCAUCCCCCAACCAUGCCCAGACAAGGACGGUGGCUAACUGCAGUGACCCCGAGUGGAAUCAGACCUUCCACUACAAGAUCCACGGUGCUGUGAAGAAUGUCCUGGAGCUCACUCUCUAUGACAAGAAUGUCCUGGGCAGUGAUGCACUCUCUGUGCUCCUGUUUGACCUGAGGAGUCUCCAGCCAGGCCUGCCCCACAGACACACCUUCUUGCUCAACCAGCAGGAUUCACAAGAGCUGCAGGUAGAAUUUAUUCUGGAGAAGAGCCAAAUGCUUCCAUCUGAAGUCAUCACCAAUGGGGUCCUGGUGGCUCAGCCCUGUUUGCGAAUCCAGGGUUCCCUCAAGACAGAUGGGCCAGCCUCACAUGAACAGUAUGGCUCUAGGCAGAUCCAGCUGGCAGUGCCUGGGGCUUAUGAGAAGCCACAGCUCCUGCCCCUGCAGCCCCCAGUGGAGCCAGGACUCCCGCUCACCUUUACCUUCCACGUGAAUCCCAUGCUGGACUCCAGCCUGGACAUGGAGCUGGAGGAAAAGCUCAGGGUUCUGCAGAGUGGCCCAAGUGCUGAGCUGGAGGCUCAGACCAGCAAGCUGGGUGAGAGGGGAAUCCUGCUCUCUUCCUUGCCCCUGGAUCAAGAGGAACAACUGUUGGUGGUCCUAGGGGAGGGCCAGGAGGUGGCUUUGAGUGUGAAGGCAGAAAUAAGCUCCGGAGACCUGGAUCUGCGCCUUGGCUUUGACCUCUGUGAUGGGGAGCAGGAGUUUCUGGACAAGAGGAAGCAGGUUGUAUCCAAGGCCCUGCAGCAGGUUCUCGGAUUGAGUGAGGCUCCACACUGUGAUCAGGUUCCUGUGGUGGCCGUGUUGGGUUCUGGGGGCGGAACUCGAGCCAUGACUUCCCUGUAUGGCAGCCUAGCAGGGCUUCAGGAGCUCGGUCUCCUGGACGCUGUGACCUACCUGAGCGGGGUCUCUGGGUCCACCUGGUGCAUCUCCACACUCUACAAGGACCCUGCUUGGUCCCAGAUGGCGCUGCAGGGCCCCAUUGAGCACGCCCAGGCACGGGUGUGCAGCAGUAAGCUGGGGGCAAUGUCCACGGAGCAACUACAAUACUACACCCAGGAACUGAGGACCCGGGAGAGCAGCGGCCACAGUGUGUCCCUCGUUGACCUCUGGGGCCUCCUCAUUGAAUAUUUCCUCAACCAGGAGGAAAAUCCUGCCAAGCUGUCUGACCAGCAGGAGGCAGUCAUCCAGGGUCAGAACCCUUACCCCAUCUAUGCCGGCAUCAAUGUCCGCACCAACAUCAGUGGGGAAGACUUUGCAGAGUGGUGCGAGUUCACCCCCCAUGAGGUUGGCUUCCCCAAGUAUGGGGCUUAUGUCCCCACUGAGCUCUUUGGCUGUGAGUUUUUCAUGGGACGGUUGCUGCGGCUGUGGCCUGAGCCCCGCAUCUGUUACCUGCAGGGUAUGUGGGGUAGUGCCUUCGCAGCCAGCCUGGAUGAGAUCUUCCUGAAGACCGCAGGCUCGGGGCUGGCCUUCCUGGACUGGCACAGAGGCAGCGUAAAUGUCACAGAUGACUGCACCAAGUUCCACCUCCAUGACCCUACCCGGCUGCGCACCAGGCUCUUCACCCCGCAGGGGCCCUUCUCCCAGGCUGUGCUGGACAUAUUCACCUCCCGCUUUACCUCUGCCCAGAGCUUCAACUUCACCCGGGGCCUCUGCCUGCACAAGGACUAUGUGGCUGGCAGGGAGUUCGUGGCCUGGAAAGACACACACCCGGACGCCUUCCCCAACCAGCUCAUGCCCACACAGGACUGUCUGUCCCUGGUGGACGGAGGCUUUGCAAUCAACUCACCAUUCCCACUGAUAUUGGUGCCCCAGCGGACGGUGGACCUCAUUCUGUCCUUUGACUACUCCUUGGAAGCUCCUUUUGAGGUCUUACAGAUGACGGAGAAGUACUGCCUGGACCGAGGUCCCUUCCCCAGGAUUGAGCUGGGCCCUGAGGACUUGAAGGAGCCCCGUGAGUGCUAUCUGUUUACCAAGGCAGACGACCCCUACUCACCCAUCGUGCUGCACUUUCCCCUUGUCAACCGUACCUUUCGAACACAACUGGCCCCAGGUGUGGAACGGCAAACAGAAGAGGAGAAGGCCUUUGGGGACUUUGCCAUCAAUGGGCCAGACACCCCCUAUGGCACGUUGAACUUCACCUAUGAGCCUAAGGAGUUUAAUCGGCUGGUGAACCUGAGUCGCUACAAUGUUCUGAACAACAUGGAGACCAUAAGGCACGCCCUCAGGCUGGCUCUGGACUUGAGGCAGGCUGGGGAGAGGGCUGGGGACUGACCACGUGGGAGUUGGAGGACUGUGGCAAGGAGGAGACAUGGGGGUCUAGGGGGUCUAGGGAAGAGUUGAAGGGAUUCUCUCCAAGACCCACCCUGAGGUCUCUCCCAGGCCUGGAAAUCCUUGCAGAUGUGCAGCCUGUGACUUGGGGCAGGGCCCUCCUCUGAGAUUCUUAGAGUUUUUUAGACUUUCUGGGGGGUGCAGGUCAGAGGACAAUGUUGCUUAUUUUAUAAUGGGUGGGGAGACAACUAGCAGCAGCCUCUCUGUAUGUCUCACCCCACACAGAAGGCUCUGCGAGGGCCAGACACUCAGAGCCUCACCAGAGUGGGGGCUGUGAGCGCCACGCUAUAGACUCCCUCCUUAUACUGACACUGGGAUGUGACACAGAGAUGCCCAACUAUGCCUCCCGCAAAGUGGCUCCAGCUCUGAUUCCACCUUGAGUUCCUGGAUUCAUUGCUGUAAAGAAUAAAGAGUGGCCAUGUGGGUUGCCAGCAUGUCACUGAUUCUGUCCUGCUAGCAGCUGUCCUUUGUCUCUGGCCUUUCUUGGCCCUCCCCAAAGGUCACCACCU